AUGUCCGGAUCGUUCGCGUUGCCCACUCGUCAACUGAACCUCUUUGGUUCCCGGACUGCUCAGCAGCAACAACAGUUUCAGGCACAACAGCUGCAGGCUCAUCAGGUUCAGCAGCAAUCCCAACAGCAAUCGGCUCAGCAUGGACUCGCCCUGCCGUCGGGUAACCCUUACCUCCAACAGCCAUCGAGACCAGGCCUCGCCUUGCCAGGUCCUUCUCCGCUGUCAAAUUCCUAUCAGCCUCCACAACAGGCUUCAUCAUCACAGUCUUCGUCGCAGACGCAGACGCCUCCAUCGACGACGAAUGCCGUAGCUGGGCCUUCCACCCCUGCCGCGACCCCUGCUCCAGCGAUACUCACUCUCGAGCAGCAGCAUAUCACUGCGGUCGAAGGUAUCGUCCCCACCUUGCAAAACAUCGUCGCUACAGUCAACCUUGACUGUCGCCUCGACCUCAAAACCAUUGCCCUACACGCCAGGAAUGCUGAGUACAAUCCUAAGCGUUUUGCGGCCGUCAUCAUGCGUAUACGCGACCCCAAGACGACCGCGCUCAUCUUCGCGUCGGGCAAGAUGGUUGUGACUGGUGCCAAGUCAGAAGAUGACUCUCGGCUCGCGUCAAGAAAGUAUGCACGUAUCGUGCAGAAACUUGGCUUCGAUGCGAAAUUUUCAGAAUUCAAGAUCCAGAACAUCGUCGGUAGUUGUGAUGUGAAGUUUCCCAUUCGCUUGGAAGGUCUUGCAUACAGCCACGGACAGUUCAGCAGCUAUGAACCUGAGUUAUUCCCUGGUCUUAUCUACCGCAUGAUUAAGCCUAAAGUUGUGCUCCUAAUAUUCGUUUCGGGCAAAAUUGUGUUGACUGGCGCCAAGGUAAAUAUGUUCUUUUCUGUUGUGCUUCCGCGCCUGUUCGCUAUAGUUCAGUGCGUGCGUCAGCCAUGGUCGUGACCAAGUGCAUGGCCAUAUGUCGUAUGCUUUCAGUGGAUAAAUCCGCUGACACUGCUCGUUUGACUAAUAGGUCCGAGAAGAGAUAUACACCGCCUUCAACACCAUCUAUACCGUGUUGUGCGAAUUUCGGAAACCCUAAAGUGGUGUUUCAUAGUCGACCACUCCACCUCCACGAUCGAUCUUGAACCUCAUGUCCUUUUGUCGUAC